UAAUACAAUAUUAUACAUUAUUUUUUUUAAAUUGAGAAAUACAUAUAAUAUCUUAUCCGCGCGUAGCGCGGUUAAAAAAUCUAGUAUGGUUUAGAAACAAAAGGUCAUACCAUGUUAUGUAUUCUAGUGGUAGAUUUCUUAGGAUUAGAUUUAAAUUUAGAUUUUUAUUUUUUUUAAUGAAUUAAAUUUGUAUAUUAAUGUUUAGUAGUUUAUAUUUUGUAUAAUUUGAUAUUUGAUACAGUAACUAAGACUUUUUAUUAUAAAGCAAAACAUUUAGGGUUUGAGAUUUUAGGGUUUCGUAUACCUACAAUAAAAUCUAUUUAGCUGGAGACGUCUUUUUCAGUCUACAUUUUUCAAUUUUUUUUACAAAAAAAUUAUUAUAUUUAAACUAAGUUGAGUUCCUUAAGAAUAAAAAAGUAAAAGCAUAUACUAUAACUAUUAAAAAAAUAAAAAAAAUAAAUUUAGCAAAUCAUAUAUUAAAAUAAUAAAGAAUAAACAACAAUAAUGAAAUUAUUGAAUUAGACUUCCAAACAGGUCUAAUAUGUUACAGUAAAAUCUACUCCAAAAUUUUAAUUUUAGUAGAUUUCAGAAGAAGUCUACAGUGUCGUAAAUUUUAACCUAGUUACAUUUUUGUCUUCUUAUAUAGAUAAAAUUUAUACAGUCUCUCUCUAAAGUGGCUGCACAAGUUUCUUAAACUCUCUCAUAUCUCUCUAAAACUAUCUUCCUUCUCACUAAAACUCUCUCCAUUUUCUCUAAAACUCUCUCAUUUCUCUUCUUUCUCUCUAAAUUUUUCUCAAGUCUUUCUCACAAUAUUAUCUUGUCAUUUUAGGUAUUAUGAUUUAUGGUUUUCAUUUUCUCCUUUAGAAAAUGUAAGUUUUAGAUCUAUAGAUUUUAAAUGUGUAUUUUUAUGUUAUUUAUUUCUCACAAUAUUAUCUUUUUGUAGGUAUUAUCACUCAUGAAUUUCAUUUUCUCCUCUAAAAAUGUAAGUCUUAGAUUAAUAGAUUUUAAAUAUUUAUUUAUAUGUUUAUAUUUAAAUUAAUUUAUAAGUCAAGCUCUUUGCAUUAAUUUGCUACUAUUUUACUUUAUAAAUUUCAUUUUGUAAAGUAUUUUCAGAUUUAAAAUUAUUUUCACAUUUCAAAAAGUAUAGAUUUUUUCUGUUCUGAAAAUUAUCAUACAGUGUAUACUUCUAAAGAAGUCUGCUUAUAAACUAAAGCUAGUAGACUUCAUACGAAGUUUACUAAACCACAAAGUUUUUUUCUAUGUUUUUUUAAUAAUUUUAUCAUAUUUUGCAGGUAUUUUCUUCUAUGAUUGUUAUUUUUCCUUCCCAAAAAUAUAAGGUUUACAUCUAUAGAUUUCAAAUAUGUGUUCUAGUAUUUAUAUUUAAAUAAAGUUACAUAUUCAAAUUCUUUGUCUUUAAUUUUUUACUAUUUUGUCUAUUAAAUUAUAUUUUUAAAACUUUUUAUAUUUAAAUUUAUUUCAAAAGAAGUCUACUUAAAAGUUAGCGCUGGUAUGAAGUCUACUAGCCUUGACUUUUAAGCAUAUUUUAUUAGAAGUUUACUCAAGUAUGAUUUUAAUUUUAUCUUAUUUUUCAUAAUGUUAUCUUAUUUUGCAGGUAUUCUCUUCCAAAGUUUUCAAAUCAUCUUUCCAAAAAUGUAAGUUUUACAUAUAUUCAUUAUAAGAUAUUAUUGUGUUUAUAUUGAACUAAAUUUAUUCAUACUUUAUGUUUUUGUUUUGUUACAAGGUUGACAAAAAAACUAUUUUGAAAUUUUUUCCAGAACAAAAUAUUUUCAAAUUUUCUAAAUGUACACUUUUAGAAAUGAAAUUUUUUGUUAGUGUAGACUUCAAAUAAAGUCUACUAAACAAUAACUUUACGUAGACUUAAUAAAAAGUCUACUAAAAUAUAAUUUAAUUUUUUAUCUUAUGUUUUUCUCAUAACUUUAUCUUAUUUUGCAGGUACUCUUUUCCAAAACUUUAUUUGAGACAUCAAGAUUAUGAAAAAUCAAACAUACUCAGAAACAUUUUUUAAUAUAUUGCCUUGUAAUAAUUUCUCAUAAUAAAAUAUUAUUUUUUAAAUAAUUGUUUAAUGUAUAACCUAUAAACAUUGUAUUCGUUUUUAGUUGUGUUUCACUUGUAUGAUAUUAUUAAUUUUUUUUUAGAUAUCAAUUUUUUCACAAGAUCUAAUCAACCAAACAAGUAAAACCACCAUAAGCUAAAAUAAUUACUAACACACAUGUGAGAGGAAGAAAAUCUAUACAAACUUUCCAAGAAGUUUCAAGAGUAAAACUAAUCAAAAAUUUUUGUAAUAAGAUUCAAGUGUAUAAUUAUAACACAUUAACUUUUGAAAUUCAUCCAAGACCAUUAAAAUUUUACUAGCAUACACUAUAAAAUAAUUAAAUCGUGAAAAAUAUGUUGAAUAAUACAUAAAUGCACUUUUAAUAGAAUUUACGACGUAGACUUCAACUGCAGUCUACAUUUGUAGAUUUUCAAAGACGUCUACACUUAUUAUCGAACAUAUAGUCAAUCCAAAACUUUCUAGUGUACUUGGCACUGGCUUGAUACACAAAGGCGUACAAAGUGUGUCUUAGAUAACUCAAUCAGGUUCCGCACUUGUCGAUCAUUUGUGACAAGCAUAAAAAGAGUAUUCGCAUAUUCAGAGUCAUUUGUUGUAAAAUGACGUUUGGUAAGGACCAUCUUCCAUUUUCUUGUCCAGAUCAUAAUCUUCUUGUGCCAUUGCAAGAAGUUUACCAUGUGUACUUGGCGCUGGCUUGAUACACAAAGGCGUACAAAGUGUGUCUUAGAGAACUCAAUCAGGUUCCGCACUUGUCGAUCAUUCAUGACAAGCAUAAGAAGAGUAUUCACAUAUUCGGAGUCAUUUGUUGUAAAAUGACGUUUGGUUAGCACCAUCUUCUCAUUUUGUUGUCCAGAUCAUAAUCUUCUUGUGCCAUUGCAAGAAGUUUACCAUGUGUACAACCAUCAUGCACAAGGAACAUUCUUCCUCCUUUCUGAUUAUUGACCACAAACUUCCACAAAGAAUCUUUCACCACCCAUUCUCCGUAUACAACAUGUAAGAGAGCUAUCUCCGGAAAAAAAUACAGUUUACAUAAUUAGCGGAGAAAUAUUUCAUGUUUCAUAAAACUAUAAAGGUAGACUUACAAAUACGUCUGCAAUUAUUAGCUAACAACAUAGUUAAAUCAAAAGUAUUAAAUUUUCAUAAUUAUAACAGAUUUUGUUUUAAAAUCACACGAACCCAUUAGGAUUAACUAAUACACACUGUCAAACAAAAAAAAAUCUUGAAAAAACUAAUAAAUAAUACACAAAUUCACUUUUAAUAUAUUUUUCUACGUAGACUCCAUAUUCAAUCUACGAAGAUGUAUACGUUUUUUUCAGUUUACUAAUGUAGAUUAUCAAAUAGGUCCACUCUUUGGGUUAGUUUUUGCAAUUGAAAUUUUUACGGGUUACUUUCUAUAUUUGAAAAAUAUUAUGAUUUUAUACAUGUAGACUUCCAUUUCAGUCUACACUUCAAAAUUGUUAGUUUUUUUAACUGACCAAAAUUCACCCAUGAUUUGACUUUCGGAAGUAGACUUCAUAUGAAGUCUACAUUUUUGAUUUUUUUGAAAGAGGUUAGUUUUGCAAUUGACCAAGUUUGACUUUCUACGAGUAAAUGGAAACAAACAUCUACAUAUUUGUAGACUUCGUUUGAUGUCUACUCUCAAAUUCGAUGGGUUAGUUUUGCAUUUGACCAAAAUAAAAUAGUAGACUUCACAUGUAGUCUACCUUUUUUUCUAAGAUAAGAAGACUGAAUAUGAAGUUUACAACUUAAUAAAAAUUUAAUUAAUUUUUAAACUUUUUAGUCAAACACGAAAGUAACAUAUUCAACGAAGUCAAAGUUUUGGUCAAAUGCAAAACUGAUCUUUAGCAAACUUCUCAGGCAGUCUACACUUCGUAGACUUCCGUUGAAGUCUACAAUAAAAAGUCAAAAGUUCGGUCAAAUGCAAAACUAACUUCUUUUACGUAGACAUCUUAGUAAGUCUACCUAAAUUUUUGUUUUUGUUGUCAAAGAUAAAGACGAAGACUAUUGGGAAGUAUGCGGUACAAAAAAAAAUUGUUUGGUCAAAUGCAAAAUUGACAUGUGCGUUGACAAGUAGACCGCAUCUUACGUCUGCAUAUAGGUGUAGACAUAUAAAACAAUCCACUAUCCCGAUACAGAUCUGAAAAUGAUGAAAACCAUGUAAAUAGUUAUAUUUUUCUGGUGUAAAGCUUGUUUCCAACUUUCUCAACCGUCCAAACUCCAAAUAUGAACAAAAAGAACCGCCUUUAACGAUUCACUAAUGAAGAAUCUUGAAAAUAUGAAGUUUGUGUUUAUGAAAAUGAAAGUUAUAAGAGUUUUUAGAUGGAAAUGUAGAGGAAAUGAGAGAAAAUGAAGAUUUGUUGGUUUAGAAUGAGAAAAAGUGGUUGAAAUUGAAUUAUAGAGCUUUAUGAGCUCAAAAAUGGUGGUUCAUGAUGGUUGAAAGAAUUGAUGAUAAUAGCAUUAUUGUUAAUAAGAAAAAACGGUGUGGGUGUAUUUGUUUUUUUGUGAACUUCGAAUUUAAUAAAAAAAUUAAAUAACAAUGGUAAUUUUGUAAAUAAUUCAAAAACAUAGGGAUAAUAUAGAAAAUUUAUUGAUGAACAGUAAUGACAAAAAAUGUUAGUUUUAGGUUUGACUUGAAAGAUGGGUUAGUAUUGAAAAACUCCCUUAAGUUUUGUGUAAAUCCAUAUGUGAUCUGUAUAUAUAUUCUAGCUUAAAAGAUAUCUAGAAAUUUUUUCUUAGAUAGCCAUUUUUAAUUUAUUUUCACAAAAAUGGAUCCACAAAGAGGAAAAUGACCAAAAACGUUUUUAUUGAAAGGUAUAUAUGCAUUUAUGACUUUAGAGUUAACUUUUUGUUUUGUUUUUAACGGUUGAUAUAUUAUGCUAUUACAAACUCUGAGAAAUAUUACAGACGAUUCUACAGCCGAUAAUUCUACAUGCCUUAUGAGGAUUCAUGCAUGACUGCAUCACUUGAGCCGCCCUAUCGGAUCCAUGCUUGACGGUACUCCUUGCGUCAUGCUGCAGUUCUCUUGUAUGCCGUUUCUCCAUUAAUUCGCAUAAUUCCGACUUUUCCGUGAAUUGAAACCCAAACCUCCCGGUGUAGAAGCAUUAAUGAACUUUUGAUCAAACCCAUACACAUCUUUAUAUAUUUUCACAAUCUAUUAAAACUAAUGCAAUGUUUAAGAUGAAAAAUUGCAUCUUUUCACAUUUAUUGGAACGUUUUCAUUCUUUUUUAUUUUGAAUGUAUUUGUUUUGAAAAUUGUAUAUUUUCAUAAGUAAUAGAUGCAAUUUAUCAUCUGAACACAACUUUUCAUAUAAAAGUUUUAAAAGAUUUAGUUUUUUAUAUUAAUACACUGAUUUUUAAAUAUAAAACAAUUGUAAAUGUUUAUGUAAAAAAUAAUAAGUAGAUAUGAGAAAAAGAAAAGUAAAAGACACAACUUUUCAUCUAAAAUUUAGCAACCAAAUUAAUGUUGAAAAGUGUCUUUUCAUAAAAAAAACUGAAAUGAGUUUUGUAAAGUUGUCAAAUUAUAAAAUGAUGUGUUUAUCUAUAAUUUUGUGUCUUUUCAUUAUAAUGUCAAAAGUUGUAUGUUUUUUUUUAAAAUGUAUUAGUUUUAAAAUUUGUGUGUUUUUCAUAAGCAAUACAUGCAAUCUUUCAUCUUAAAAAUUAAUAAAUCCAACUUUUCAUCUAAAAACUUAAGAGGUUCAAUUUUUAUAUCAAUACACUGAUUUUUAGAUAUAAAAUAAUUGUAAAUAUUUAUGUAAAAUAAUAAAUAUAUAUGAGUAAGAUAAAAGUGAAAAUACAACUUUAAUCCAAAAUCUAAUAAAUAAAAUUUUAAUGUAAAACAAUUUUAAGAGAUGCAACUUUUAUGUAUAAAUUAAGGGAUUCAAAUUUGCAUAUUAAUACACUAACUUUUAAAUAUAAAAAAUUGCAAAUAUUUAUGAAAUAUUAAUUAAUAGAUAUGAGCAAAGUAAAAACAAAAAAGACAUAAGUUUUUAUCUCAAUGCUAACAAAUACAAGUUUUCAUAUUAAAAACUUAAGAGAAGAAUUUUCAUAUUAACACUGAUUAAACAAUUAUAAAUAUUAAUAUGGUGUCAUCAACGAAGAUGUAUAAAUUUGUUUUGAUCUAAAAGGUAUGAAUGUAUCGUAAUCUAAGAGGUACGAACAUGUUAUGAUCCAAAGGGUGCGAUUGUUUCAUGACCGAAAAUGUGUAAACGGGUCGUGACCCAAAAGGCUAUGAACGGGUUGUGACCAAAAAGAUGUGAAUGGAUCAUGACUGAAAGAAUGUGAAAGUGUCGUGAAUGUGACCAAAACGGUGCAAAUAGGUUGUGACCAAAAGGAUACAAAUGGUCAUAAUAAAUAGAUAUGAGCAAAGUAAGAAAUAAAAAAGACAUAAUUUUUUAUCUCAGUACUAAUAAAUACAACUUUUAAUAUUAAAAACUUAAGAGAUGAAAUUUAUUACAUUUAUCCUGAUUAAACAGUUAUAAAUAUUAAUAUGGUGUCAUCAACGAAGAGGUACAAAUUUGUUUUGAUCUUAAAUGUGUCAUAAUCUAAGAGGUACAAACGUGUUGUGAUUUAAGAGGUAUAAACGUGUCAUGAUCCAAGGGGUGCAGACAUGUCGUGACUAAAAAGGUGCGAAUGUGUCAUGACCAAAAAUGUGCAUACAGGUCAUGACCGAAAGACUACAAACGAGUUGUGACCGAAAUUAUGCGAAUAGAUCAUGACCGAAAGGGUGUGAAAGUGUCAUGAACGUUCCAAAAAAGUGCAAAUAAGUCGUGACCGAAAGGAUGUGAAAGUGUCGUGAACAUGACAAAUGGAUCAUAUAUUUUUUUUUCAAAAACUAGUAAUUACAAAUAUUCAAGUUAAAAAACUUAAGAGAUGCAACUUUCCAUGUAAAAAAUUUAAGAGAUUUAAAUUUUUAUAUUAAUACAUCUAUUUUUAGGUAUAAAACAAUUGCAAAUAUUUAUGUUAAAUUCGUCAAAGAUCAAUUUUUUAAAUAAAUAAAAUGAAAAUAAUGCACAAAGAAAAUUGUGUGUGAUUUACCAAUAAAAAUAUGUAUUGUACAACAUCUCUUAAAGUUGUCAUAUAAUCAUGAUUUGAGAAUACAUAGAUUUACACAGUUUCAAAAAUCAUGAAAGUAAUACUUGUCAUUAUAAAUUACUUACUAAAUUAGUAAAUGGUUAAAUUUAAGCGUGUUGCUUAUUUUAAUUAAUUCGAAAAAUAUUAAGUAUUGUUUAAAAUUUUAUAAAACCUCCCUAAAUUAAUAGAAGAUUUAUAUUUUUGGUAUUGACAUAUUUGUAUUUUAGUUGUAAUCUAAAUUAUAAAAUAUAAGUUUCUUAUAUUAUCUAUAAAUGAAUAGAAACACAUAUAUUCGACAUGAGAUUUUUUUUUGAAAAAAAAUUAAAAUUUUUCUUAUAUAAAAAUUAAAAUUAUAAAGUGAUAUAUAUUUUUUUUAAAUGAGUUUCCACGCGAUAUCACGUAGGGUUUUUACCUAGUUUUUUUAAAACUAUUUGUGUGAUAAAAACUUAAUAAAGGCUAUUCUAUAGAAUUGUCCAAAGAUCUAUCUUAUGGCCAUAACAUGGUUAGCUCCAUUAUAACAAUAAACAGCCGUUUUUCUUAUUGGUAGGUUUGCUAUUACACAAUCAAGUGUGACAGUAUCAGGAUUCAGGAGUGCAUGCAUAUAUUUUACAAAUUAACAGCCAACUUUAAUCAAAAGGUUGAACUGAUUACAUAAACUAACAACACAACUCUCGAUCAUACUAUAAUGUAAUAAUAUAAGAGAAUUGUUAGCUAGAAACGGGUAUUACCACGACAAAUAUUAGCUCUGGCGCUCUCUCUCUUCCCUCUCUAACCCCGUGAACCUUCAACCCUAAUCAGCUUGCGUCGUCUUCAGCCGGUGGCGGCUCCGGCGGAUUCGCUGCCUCCGUCGCCGGCUGUCUCUCCCUUCUCUAUCCUUUCUUUCUCCUUCCCUGUCUCGUCUCUUUCUCCCUCUUCUUAGCUUCGUCGAUAUACUUUCCGUUGUGGUUUCUCUCACUCCUCUCCGGCGUCGCUGCCCGGUGGUGAAGAUUCUGGAGCGGUGGUGAGGCGCGACUGGGAGAGUGGAGCUUGGUGGCUCUUCCGUGGGUUUCCUUCGAGACAUCGCUUAGAUCUGGCCAGAUCUGCUUUCAAUGGUGGUCGAUUUUGCUCCGGUGGUGGUGCUCCGGCCCUCAGUCGUUUCUUCCGGCGUCAGUUUGCGGUUGUUGUUGACAAGUGCCCUCGUUCUCGGUUUGGGGGUUCUCGUUUUUGAGUUUUCUCUUCAGAUCUAUCUUCUUCUCAUUACCAGUGAGAGUUAUUGUAUCAGGAGUUGAUUUUGAAUCUCAGGCAAGUUCUCAGACAGUGGUGGUGAUUCUCUGCUGGCAGCUCUCCUUGCAGGUUGGUGUAGUGCUCCUUGUGGCUAGAAGGCGUCUCUGUCAAGCUUGUGAGAUAGGGCUGAGCUCUUCUUCUUGGCUAAAUCAGAAGUGGCGGUUUGGUGAAGCGGGUUGUUUGAGCUUCUCUUUGCGGAUAAAGGUCAGACUCUGGUUCUCAGGGUCAGUCGCUCGUGCGGGUUAUUGUUGGCUUAGGUAUGUUGUAGUCGACCUUGGACUACAGUCCCGGUGAGGGCGAGUGUUGCUAGCACCUCUGCAGAUAGGGUGUGGUUCCGCGGAUUCUUUGCCCUGUGGUGUUAGCGUCCUUUUUUCGUUCAUAGUCUGGUGGUGGUGGCGGGUUAUCAGCCAGUGGUCUAUCCAAAUAAGAGUGGUUUGUGCUCGAAGUUGGGGUGUUGGUGGUUCCAGUGGGGGUCUUUGGGGUUUUUAGAGUUCUCAGGUGCCUGUGAGUUUCAGGAAGGAGGAGUAGAGGUGGCUGUUUUGCGGUGCUUGGUGUCCGGUGCUUCGACAGGCUCUGGUUCGUCGGUUCCGCCGUUUCGGUACGGCCCCAUUGUCGUCUAUUCUGAAUUCCAAGCUCUAGUUGGUAUCUGUGCAGUUGCAGGUGGUAGGACUUUUGUGGUAAGGCCAUUUUUUUUUUGGAGGCGAGUGCCUGGGGAAGCCAACUAUACCGGCUCGUGACUCAUGUUUUAACUGGCGCCUUCCUUUGGAGUUCGAUCUUGCGUGCUGCUCGCUCUUAGCAACCCUUUCAAGUUCUUCCCGUGUGUUCUUUCUUCUACUUCUAGGUUCAGCUCAUUCUCGCGUUUUUCUUACUGUAAUUGUUGUUGUGUUGUAGUUUCUUUUUGGCGUUUGUCUUCUGCUACUAGUGAUUCUCUGUAACUUCUGUCACAAACUUUAAAAUGGUAAUGCAAUCUUAACAUGUUUACCAAAAAAAAAAAAAAUAUUAGCUCUGGCGGAGUUUUCUCUAGCGACAGUGCCAGACAUAAGCAGAUGCCAAAAUAUGGAUCUUUUCAGAUAGAAUUUUCAACGUGCAUGUGGUCCACUCCUUUUUACACACGCAGCCCGUGUAUUCGAGAACUCAAGUCUUGGUCUUUUUGUCCCUCUUAAAAUUAUAGAAGUAAGAUAAUGAUGUUGUUGUUGUGGAAAGAGAAUUGUAAACCACGCGCCCCCAAAAACCAGCGAACGUAAAAGCGAAUCCCUAGUUUACUCACGCCGUUAAAUUCGACGAGUUCGCCGCAGUGAGUCGUCGCCGGUAGGUCUAUCCACUUCGUGGUGACUUGUCUUCUCCUCUACCCCCUCUUUAUCUUCUCCCCGCCAUGGACCCAGUGAUUGAUGGUUCGACUACGCCAUCGUCGCUGAUGCGUUCGUUGUCUCUGCCGAUACUUCCAUCAACGGCUACGGAAUGUCUGGAAGGUUUGGAGAUCUCUGAAACUCAAACUAUUCUAGGAACUGAUGUGAGAGUAACAAUGGAGAAAGCUUCUCUCUCUAUCACCAGUACUCUUCAGUCUGACACUACCAAUCAAUUACUGUUGACCUCCUCUGCUCCUCUAGUGGCGUCUUACGAAACCUCUCUGCUUGAAACUGUGGUUCCUCCGCUGACCUCAGAAGCUGUUAUAGUUCAAGUACGUGAUACUCCGCCACCGUCUCUGGCUUCGGUUAUCUCCAUCAAUGCAGUAACCAGCGAUGUCCCGACGUCUCAACAAGCUCCGUCCGAGACCCUUGGCUCACACUCUCACGAUGAUAGCAGGGUCCAAGCAUCAGAAAAAUUUGUCCCUUCUUUGGGAUCAUGGGCUAAACCUCUUUUUUUCAAACCUCCGGCCACUCCUCCCGACCCUAGUACUCCUCGAGACUAUGAUCCUGCAUUUGUCGGGAAUCAAUUAGCCACUCUCUGGCCGACUUUGAAUGACGAGAUCUUAAACAAGCAACCUAAGGGAAAGUAUCCAUCCCGUACUCUCCAGCCUCCGAUUGAAAAGCUACCACCGCCGGAACUAAAAGCGGAUGGGAGACUCCGCUUCCCAUGGGCUGCAAGAUUAAGCCCUCAAUCGCGAAAUCUCUACCGGGCUGCCACACCAACUUACCGCCUAGAUGGCACACCUGAGGUAUCUAUUCCUUCGAAAGUCCUUAAGCUAGGUCCAGAGAAUAAGGAUGAGUAUAUCAUUGGUAAGUUCCAUAAAUGUGCUCUACCGCCAGGUGGUUUAGUACAUGCUGUGGUGAAUAGAAUCUGGGGAAGAAGUUGUAAGAUCAGUUGUAAGAAGCUUGGUGAUUCAUCUUUCAUGUUCCAUAUCCCACACCAACCUACUCGGCAAUGGGUUAUUCAGCGUGGAGUGUGGCACAUAGAUGAUUGCUUACUUUUUGUACUGCCAUGGACCCCAGAAGGCUCCUUCAAAAUUCCUGAAAUCUCCACGCUUCCGGUUUGGGCCAAUUUGAAGAACAUUCCGGAUUGUUGCUACUCAAGAUUAGGAAUAAGUCAUGUCGCUUCCGGACUUGGAGAACCGAUUCUUACUCACAAACCUCGACUUGAUCCUACUAGUAUGGGCGAGGCAAAGGUUUUAGUUGAGAUGGAGCUGGACAGAGACUUUCCAAAGCUUAUUGCCCUUGAUGAUAAGCAAGGUAACAUCUUCCUUGUUAAUGUUGAAUACACAUGGAUUCCAUCUAUGUGUGAAAGGUGUGGUAAUCUAGGACACAAAGCAAAGAGGUGUCUCUUACCUUCUUCCACUGCUCAGGUUUCUAUCUCCGCAUCAACCUCGCAAGACACUAGCUCUGAUGUUCCUAUUGUGGAUAUUGAUACUGUUAUGCAGCAAAAGGAUAAUGUUGAAUACUCUGUACCAACUAUCCAGAAAAAUGAUCUACAUGUUAGUGGAAAAACUUCUCUUCAAACUAAAGAUGAUGGUGCCCAUGAGCCUGAGAAACAUACCAUAGAGAUUGAAGGUCUCUUAUCUGAACUAGAAGCUACUCCUACCCUUCAACAGGAGAACCCGACUGCCUCGCCAAACUUUAUCCCCACUUUACCCACUUUAGUAGAUUCACAACCUACUCCCACUGCAGCAUCUAUUAUGGAGUCAUCUCCAUCAACCGUUACCAACACUGAGGUUAGUGAAACUUUAGUCGUUGGUCCUCAAGCCACAACACAUACACCCUUUGCAUUUGAGAGCCCUGCUCAGUUCAAAGGGUCAAGAGAUGUGGGAGUGGAUGAAGAUGAGACUGAGCCUUCUAGCUCGCUCAGCUUGACAAGAGGUGGGAGGGAAACAAAACCCCCUAGCAAAUACCAAGACAUGGAAUGGAAGACGGUUCGAGGGAGAGGGAAGCGUGGCCGCCGCGGUCGUGGUUCUUAUCACUAGUUAUUGCCUUUCAUUACGGUGUUGGUUAUUCUAGUCUCAACUUUGGUUGUUUCAUUGGUUGAGAUUCAAUCUUUUCAUGCAAACUUUAUCAAACUAUAAGACUCAUGUCUUAUCUUGUAACAUUUAUCGUUUUUUUUAAUAUGAAAGCCCUUUUUCAAAAAAAAAAAAAAAAAUUAUAGAAGUAUCUUAUCAUUUUGAACGUGUGUAUUAUUUUCCCAUAUUGUCUCUUAGUGACACUUGCUUUUUCUUCUGAAUUUUAUUUUUUAAUUUAGUCUAGUUCUAGAAUGUAUUUUUUUCUAAGGUUGUGUAAAAGCUAUAAGACAUUUUCGUAGUAUUAUUACGAUCAGUAUAUAAAUACGUAUUAGUAUUUAUUUUUGUGGCAAAACCACUUGAGGCUGAUUUUGAAAGAAAAAAAAAACCACUUGAGACUGAUAAUCCUAUUGAAGUAUACAACAUUCUAAAUGUUAUAUGUGUAAAGUAUAUAAAGUAAAAUACUACAUUUUCAAAACUCGUGAUCCUGAACAUCGUAGCCCAAUGAUAAGGAUAAACUUCUUUCUACAACUAAAUUACGAAUUCGAAUCGUGCUGGAAGAAAUUAUUUCACGAUGCCUUUGAACAUUCACACGGAUAUGAACUCUUGCUUUCGGUCUAAUUGCAAAUUUGGUGCGCAAGCAUACUCGUAGGUCAUACGUUCCCAGAAAAUUAGUCUAGAUCUAUUGAGACAUGAAAUUUACUCUUCAGUUAUCAAAAAAAAAAUUGUGUACAUCUUUGAAUAAUCCUUUUUUUAACAAGUACGUCCUUGAAUAAUCUUUUUCUUUAACAAGUACGUCCUUGAAUAAUCUAUCUAUCUCGCAAAACUAAUAUUUUUAUUCAAAUAAAAAACACGAAUAUAAUUAUAUUUCCCUUAUAAUUUAUACGUAAUAAUUCUCAAGUCAAGCGUCAACUCCUUUAUUUUGGUAGUUAACAAAAAAUAACUAUAGAAAAAAGGAAAGUACAAUGCAAUGCAACGCACUGAGACCGAGUUUACCAAAACAUGGUGUGCGGAGGAGACCACUAAAACCCAAAACCAACUAGUGACAACUAAUAAGUCGACCACAGCUUCAGCACUCUCUUUCUUAUCUCGACCACUCUCUUUUUUGGCUUAAUUAAGUCUCUACCAUAUGUUAAAUUCUCUCUUAUCUCUACCUCUUUAUACUAUAUAUAAACGUAUCAACGUGAGUUAUAGUGAUCAGCCAGGUUACAAGAGAUACGUGUGAAUUAUUAAAGAUGUCUUCUAUAGUUUCUUCAGUGCUAUUUCUUCUUCUCCUGGUCUUUUCGCUUCACAUGGAUGAAGCAUUUGGUGCUCAAACGGAAAUCCGUAAACUUAAAGAGUCGGUCAAGAAGAGCAGAAUUUUGGAAGGAGGUGAAAACAGAAGCUCCAAAACUGCGGCUGGAGGGAGCAAAACGAAGCAUUGCAAGGGCCGCGCCAAAACAUUUAAAAACAUGGCGACCACUUAUCGUCCUGGACAUGGUCAGUUCCGUCCUCUUUCAGGAGUAUACUUGUCUUCUCCCUGCCAGCCCUGCCCCCCGCGCUCCUUCAACUGUUUUUCUUUUAGUUGCGUUACCACCGUACGCUGUCAAUCCAUCAACGGCUCACGAACUACGUGCACACGCUCCGAGAAAUGUAAACUCAUACGGCCUCGCCAUUGAUUAGAUUAUAAGACUUUAAAUUAUAUAUAUAGUGUUUUUUUUUUCUAUGGUUCUUCGUUUCAUACAUAUGUUUCGUGCUGUAUUGUCAUAUAUAUUUUAUAUUUAUCAUUUAUCAGAUGUAAAAUUUGGUACUUGUGUAUGAUAUAUACUACUAUCUGUUGAACUUUUUAUAUGUUUCCCUUGUUAGUUGGAUAUAUAAGAUUAUAACACUUUUAUA